GCUGGAGGAUGGCGGCGGGCGCUGUGCUGGGAGAGUGGAGGUGAAACACCAGGGCCAGUGGGGCACCGUAUAUGGUGGCGACUGGGACAUGAAAGAUGCUGCAGUGGUUUGUAAACAGCUGGGCUGUGGGUCUGCUCUCGAAGCUCCUCAGUAUGGAUACUUUGGGCCAGGAUCUGGCCAAACAUGGAUGGCUUAUGUUGGCUGUCAAGGCACCGAGUCUGCCCUGUCUGACUGUACACACGGUGGAUGGGGUAAAUACACAUGGGGUCACAUAGCUGAUGCUGGAGUGAAGUGUUCAGGAUUUUUCCAGCUGGUCGGAGGGGACAGCCCUUCAGGACGUGUGGAGAUCCGUGAUGGGAACCAGUGGAAAACUGUCUGUGAUUCAGACUUUGGUCCCAAAGCUGCCGACGUCGUCUGUAGGGACCUGCAGUGCGGCACAGCCCUGUCCGUCCAUGGGGCAGCUCCCUUUGGAGAAGGGCUUGGUCCCAUCUGGGACAGAGAGCUGCAAUGUGUGGGGAAUGAAGCCUCCCUCAUGUUCUGCCCCAGGGGAUCCCCCAGGGACCAGACUUGCACACAUGCAAACACUGUCGGUGUCACCUGCACACGGUUCAGGCUGGUGAAUGGCAGAACGGCGUGCGAAGGGAGGGUGGAGGUCGAGGUGCUGGGGAGCUGGGGCACCCUCUGUGCCUCCCGCUGGGAUCUCUCAGACGCCCACGUUCUCUGUCGUCACCUCAACUGUGGCUUUGCUGAGUCCAUUCCCAGAGGAGGGCAUUUUGGGAGAGGAACCGGACCUGUCUGGAGAGACUCAUUCCACUGCGAGGGGACAGAAGCCCACCUGGGACAGUGCCCCCUGACAGCCCUGGGGGCCUCACCAUGCUCCCAUGAGAACGACGCUGCUGUCAUUUGCUCAGCUGCACCCAGGACGGCACCACCAACCCCCCGAGCAGAUCCCACGCGGGGCCGUCUGACUGGAAGCAGGAGACUCUCAUUGCCCGUCAUCAUGUGCAUCAUCCUGGGGGCCCUUCUCUGCCUUCUCCUGGCCCUCCUGGCUGGGCAAGUGCGAAGCGCCAGGGCUGGGCGCAGAGGCUCCUAUUCCCAGGGCUCCCUGACCAAGCUGCAGCCCUACCCCAGGGACAGCAAAGAGGAGAAUGGUCCAGGAUCAGCACCAGAUGUCCCUUUUCUGCCCGGGGGUGACCCAGCAGAUGGCUAUGAUGAUGCCAGGGAGGUUUCUGAGCCUGGGGAGGAUCCUUCCCCUGGGCAGGGAGACUGGGAAAUGCCCAGGGCACCAGAGGAGGCAUCAGGAGCCAGGGAUUCCCCCGGAGGCCCUGCCUGGUCCAAGCUGGUCCCAUGCAGAGAGGCCACAACAGAGCUGCUGUUUGGGGUGAUCCCAGGGCUGUGGCCUCACAGCAGCCAGCCCUAA